AUGAAACUUAUGAAAGCGGCGCUUUGAAGUUGUUGCACGGCCGCAAAGAUAAAAGCGUCUCAGAUUGAAUGUGAGAUGAUUGACAGAUCAGACCUCACGCGACGUCACUCCGCCUGGCCUCGAGUCUUUAUGAAAGGGGGAAAACUCGCGAAAAUCUCUCUGUAGGAGGCAACAGGCGACGUGGUAACAGCAAUGAUUUACAUCGCAACGACAGGAUGGAGUUAUUUAUCUGGGGAUGAUUGUUUUUAAUGUCAAAGCAGAAGUGAAGGCCUGUGUUGUGAGUGACUGAAGUCAUGGCUUACUGGAUCCAGCUUCGUUGGAGAAUCUGGUUGUUGGUUCCACUGGCUCUGGAUCAUCUCGCUCUUGCUGAAGAUCUGAAGCCCACCAGAUGGCCUCUUUACCCUCAGAAGCCUGUGGUUCUGGUCUGGAACGCCCCAACAGAAGACUGCAGUCUUCGACACAACGUCCACUUCCAGCUCGAUCAAUUUCAGAUUGUGGCCUCUCUGAGCAAAGGCUUCACCAAGCAGAACCUCACCAUGUUCUACAAAGACCGCCUGGGCCUUUAUCCGCACUUUCAGGAUGGUGUGGCCAUCAAUGGUGGGCUACCACAGAUUGCCAGCCUCACGCACCACACAGAGAAGAUACCGGAGGGGAUCGCGAAGUACAUUCAUGACCCGUCGGCGCGAGGCCUGGCUGUGAUCGACUGGGAGGAAUGGCAUCCAAUUUGGAUACGGAAUUCGGAUGCCAAAGACAUUUACAAGAGCCAGUCGCGGCGCUUAGUGGCCCAGAAAAACCCGAGCUGGACUUCAACCCAGAUUAACAAAGUAGCUCAGCAGGAGUUCGAGAUGUCCAGCCGUAAAUUCAUGCUAGAGACGUUGCGGCUGGCCAAAAGCUUGCGUCCCAACCAGCUUUGGGGCUUCUACCUCUUUCCUGACUGCUACAACCAUGACUACCGCAACAGUCUGGAGAACUACACGGGACGCUGCCCGGAUGUGGAGGUGGCCAGGAACGACCAGCUGAAAUGGCUGUGGACUGAAAGCACGGCCCUGUUUCCAUCCGUAUAUAUGAGGUCUGUGUUGCGUUCGACAUCCUCCGGUCGCCAGUUUGUCCGAAACCGGGUGAAGGAGGGAAUGAGAUUGGCAUCGGUGGGAGAGGGAUUGGCACGUCCUGUUUUUGUCUACAGCCGCCCUACGUAUGACGAUGACCUGGAACUGCUGACAGAGAUGGAUUUGGUGUCCACCAUUGGAGAAAGUGUGGCUCUGGGUGCAGCUGGUAUCAUUCUCAGGGGUGAUGCUGCUUAUGCCAGCAGCAAUGACACUUGUUCCAAUUUAAACCAGUACUUGCAGGGUCCACUGGGCCGUUACCUCCUCAACGUUUCCACGGCAGCUGAGCAGUGCAGUCGCUUCGUGUGCAGCUCCCACGGCCGCUGUCUGCGCAGACAUCCGGACACAGACACGUAUCUCCAUCUUGACCCGCAGACGCACACGAUAGUAGGCCAGGGCAGUGAACUGAGCGUGAAGGGAGAUGUGAGUGUGGAAGAGCAGCAGCGGAUGAGCAAAGACUUCCAGUGCCAGUGUUUUAGUGGGUAUCAGGGUGAGAGAUGUGACCUCGAGGACCCUCUUCAGCAGCGAGGAGACGGACAUGCACUGAAAGCAUUAUGGAUUUACCUUCUCACUCCAUUGCUGCUGCAUUUACUGACCUGAGCACAAGCCAUAGACACUUUAACUCAUUUUCUCGCGUAUGAAAUGUUUGGCUGGUCAGUGCGCUCCAAAUGCUGUUGUGAAAAGGUCCUUUGCUUUCAUGAAGUCAUGUGGAUGACCUUGAAAUUGAAAUUUAUAUGUAUAAACACAGGAAACUCGGAGUUCCUUGGAGUUUAAAUAAGCACUUUUGUUUGUUGUCACAUGUUACUCUCACAACAUUCGAGCCA